GGGGGGGAGAGAGAGAGCGAGAGAGGGACUGAGUGAGAGAUUGAGAAAGAGAGAGAGAGAGAGCGAGCGAGGGAGACACAACUGUCAGAGAAUCAAUGCAAGUUACCCAAGCUGUGCUGAAAGACAUACGCAGCAAUUCUCAAGGAGAUAAGUGACUGUCAUUUCCCGGAGCAAGAUCCCAUGAGAACGCUGGAAACAUGCUGACAUUAGGACAUGUGUUCCUGCUUGUGUACCUGUGGGCAGGCUGUCGGGCAGGAGAAUUGUACCCCAGCAGCAAUGGAACCUGUACAAAAGAAAAAUGUGUUGAAGCGUGUGACGGACCCUGUCGCUUCCUUCAGUGCGUCGGUCUCCCCGCCAACGACACAGGCAAGGAGCACGUGCAGCGGCUGAAAGCCAUCAUGGAGGCUACCCUUGACCUGUACACCUUCAUGAGGUCCAGCCUCACCGGGGUGCCCUUCCUGGAGCUGCAGGGGGUGCUGGAGCUCAACCCCCUGGAGGUGGUGGAGGUCUACCAAGACGAGGAGCUGGUGCACAUGUGGCUGGCGGUCAAGAUCCGUCCGCUGCUCCGCUCCAUCUCCAAGCACUUCCUCGCCUGCCUGAGCACCAAGAACUUCAGUUGCACCACCUACCAGGCUGUCGUCCAAGAGUUCAGCCAGCACUUCUCUGACAUGAACCCAGCCAGACAGAAGUGGAUCUAUACGUUCUUCAUGUACCCCUUCCUGUCCGGAGAAGGAAUAGCCGGCUGCGCGAGGCCAGAGGAGAGCAGUGAGGACUGGCUGAUGAAGAACUUUGGCGCCUUCAGGGCCAUGGCGCGCAUCAUGGACUUCUCCCAGCUCAACAUGGUGUUCAACGGCUUGGAGGUUCUCCAUCUUCUGAGCCCCGAACAGAAGGCGGAGCUUCUGUUGAGGCCGGAGGUGGCGGGCCUGGACAACGGCACCCUGAGCCUGGUCUUCAACAGCCUGAUGGAGGGAGGCCACGGUCACUACCCUGGGCCUCGGCCGGGACCCAACACGACCUCAGGCCCUUGGGCUGGCCCGGGCAACUGGACAGCCCUGGGACCUGGCCAUCCCGCGGGACAUAUCGUGACCUCAGGCCCCUGGUCAGGCUAUGGACAUGACCACAAUUAUACCAUGUCGGGAUACCCAGACAGUGAUGAUUAUGGAAAUGGAUACUCGCAUAAUCACGAAUAUGAUUAUUCUGACUCAUCCCCACCUACCCUUGGCGAGUUUGUUUACGGUCUCACGAAGGCCAUCAAACCGCUGAGCCACUUGGUGUCAGACUUUGUUUCGCUCACACACACGCAGGAUGUGUCGGAGAUAAGGAGCACCACUCUGAUCCAGCUGCUGCUGAACUGGACUCUGGCCGAGGUGGUGAGCUCCUACAAGCCACAGAUUGGUUAUGAGCCCGCGCCGGAGGAGAUCCUCAACCUGACCGUGGAGGAGUGGUACAGCCAAGUGGUGCUGCCCAUUCUGCACACAUUCCUGCAGCCAGGCGAGGACUCCAUCAGCGAGGAGAUCCAGCUGGCCUUCCAUAACAUAUUCUACCUGGACUCCGGCAUGGCCAACGACACCCUCUCUGAGCUGGAGGAGACCUGCAGCAUCAGCCUCCAGUCGCAGUGUGGGCUCACCAACGCUGUGGAGGACGUAGCGCACGUCCUGCACUGCAUGAGCUCCAGCCACCUCUCCCUGACCGAGGACAGCAUCAUGACCCUGGUGGCCGAGAUGACCGACCGCCUCAGCUCUUUGGUCCAGGAGCUCGCUACCACGGACUUUGAGGAGGUGGUGGACUACUUCAGGGAGCUCUUCCACCAGGUGGACUCCCCCGUCCUGGCCCCGGAGAACCUGGAAGACCCAGACUUCGUCCGCCUCUGGUUCAGGGUCAAGCUGCUGCCCCUUCUCCCCGGCGUGCCCCUGGACCUGUUGACCUGCCUCAGCAUGAAGAACUUCACCUGCCCCGUGUACCAGGCACUCGUGGAAGAGCUGAGUGAGCACAUGCCACGCCUGGACCCAGAGCUGAUGCACAGUCCCAUGGUGUACGGGCACUUCAUCUUCCCCUUCCUGUUAAACCACAACGACACAGAUCCUCAUUGUGUUUCAUCAGCUGAGGACAGCGAAGAAUGGCUUGAGGAUAACUUUGGUUUCUUCUCCGUGUUUGCCUCCCUACGAGAGCUGUACCAACUAAACCCAAGCUUCGCUGCACUGGAGACCCUGGAGAUCCUGAGCCCCCAGCAGACCGCCCAGCUGCUGGUGCUGCCUCUCCCCUCCCCGGAGGGCAAGGAGGUCAUCAUCAACGCUGUGUUUGACUACCUGCUCCAGGCGCCUGAGGAGCACCAGUUCCAGGAGGUUGUGCACUACACGGCCAUGCUGGCCAGGGAGGUCAACCCACCUUGUGCUGUGAUAAGACUCAUCAUUGAGCGUCUGUACGCUGCUUUGCAAUCCUUAAAUCCAUUGUUUGAACCAUUCACUUAUGAGCACAUCGAUAAACUCAUACAAGCAGCCCCAAAAGAUUGUUUGCCACAGAAUGCCACGUGCCCAAUCACCCAGUUCAACGGUUCCCACAUCUGCAUCGGAGUUAACAGCACCGGGCUGCAGACUUACCUGAGCAUGUCAGACUCAAUGGCUGUUUCCUGUAACUUCCCCCUGGAGGAAUAUGCAUGUGCCAAGCUGGAAAACUUCACAGGCGGUCAGCUGGUGGCCCUUCUGAAGUGUGAUCUGCCCGGUAACCACAGCCACUCCAGGAGGGUGUGGAAGCUGCUGCUCACCAAGCACCUCCCCGUGUUGGAAGCAGCCUUGGAUAGGCUGGCUAACAUGAGCACGGUGAUGAUUGGCCCAUCGGCCGCUGAGGUCCUGGAUGUGAUCGGAGAGCUGAGAGUGGGCUUGCUGAGCGACGAGCAGCUAAGGGACGCGGACCUGAUGAGGUUUUGGUUCUCCGGACGCCUCAAAGGGUUCCUGGCGUCCGCGUCCGGGAGAUUCCUCAACUGCCUCGUCGACAGGAAUCUCAGCUGCCAGUCCUACCAGCAGAUACUGGAGGCGUUCAGCGGGCAGUUCGACAACAUGAGGCCGGAGCAGCAGCACACGGUGCUGCGACGUCUGGUCCUUCCCUUCCUCUCCCGCCAAGACCCAGACAGAGGCUGUGUCUCAGGCCUCAAUAGCACAGAGUGGCUGCAGAGGAACCUGGGGCGGUUCUCAGCCCUGCUGUCCCUGGGGGAUCUCCUCAAUCUGAACCCAGCCUUCUCCCCUCUGGAGGCCCUGCCGCUGCUGUCCCCCGGGCAGACUGCAGAGCUGCUGCUGCUGGCUCUCUCCCCCGAGCCCCAGCGGGAGGUGAUCCAGGCGGUGUUCGCCUUCCUCCGCGCCGCGCCCGGGGACAGGCGGUUCCUGGAGGUCCUCGACCACCUCGUCGACUUGUCUGAACAGCUCGAGGGAAACAUCUCCUGCUCGACAUACAGAACAAUUUUCACUGAGUUAGACCGGGCUAUGGUCGUGGUGCCUCUGCAUGUAGCAGCAGCCAUCGACCACAGCAAGCUGCGGCUCUUCAGCCACAUACCCAGAGACUGCAUCAUAUACAGCGGACAAUGUCCCGUCCUGGUUCUGAAUGAAACAAGCAUUUGUGCGGAAGUUAACAGCACUUUGCUGCAGCAGUACCUGGACCGGGGCAAGAUAAACCAAAGUGUGUGUGACUUCAGCGUCGAGGAAUACGCCUGCGCAUCGCUGCCGGACCUGGCUGCGGAGGACCUGGCAGCCGUGUUGACGUGCAAUAACUCCCGUGCGUCGCGGGCCCCCCUGGCCGUCUGGGAGCUCCUCUUCUCCGAGACCACCAAGGUUCUGGGACCCGCUCUGGAUCUCCUGGCCAAUAUGACCUUCCACCCCAGCUAUCCUGCCACCUCCCUGAUCCUGGAAGCCAUCAACAACGUCCGGCUGCAAAUGCUCCCCCCGGAAAUCUAUGAGAGCGAGGCCUUCAUCCGCCUGUGGUUUGGCCAGAGACUCCGCCCCUUCCUGUCGGCCAUCUCCCCCGACACGUUGUCCUGCCUCAGCACCAAGAACCUCAGCUGCAGCACCUACCAGGCCCUUGUUCAGAUCUUCAGCCAACACCAGCCGUCCAUGGAGCUCGAGACCCAGGUCAAUGUCAACGUCUUCUUCAUCAGGCCCUUCCUCACCAGGAACCACACUGAAGAUCCAAACUGUUCAGAUAACACAACCAGUGGACAAUGGCUGCAGAACAACUUUGGGGGAUUCUCUGCGCUGAUCUCUGUCAGCGGCCUGCAGAUGCUGAACGCAGACUUCGCUCCGCUGGAAGCCCUACCCUAUCUGACAGUGAGACAGCUCUCAGAGGUGUCCUCCACCCCAGGACUGCUGACCACGACCGACCAGGUUAACAUGGUGUUGGGCCGUGUCCCCAGCUCUCAGUUGGACGCCUUCUUUGACUACGUCUCACCUGCAAUAAUGGGUCAAGAGGAUCGCUUCCCCUCCCCGGUCAGGGCAGCCAUGUUACAGCAAGUGUUUGACCGCGCCAACCUCUCCGACCCCGCGGUGAGCGAUGCGGAGGUGCUGGUCUGGCUCAACGACAGACUGCGCCCCCUGUUGGUGGACCUGUCUCCGUCCCACGUCGCCCCCUUCUUCAGUCUGGUGGCUGGGAGGAACUGCAGUACAGAACAAGAUGGAGUGGGGAUCCUGAAUUCAAGUAUCUCAACGCUGAAUAACUCCACACUGAAUAAUAUACACGACCAAAUCAUCCUGCUGCUGAGAGAGCCGACCCCACUCCGCUGCUAUGACAACAACAACAACCAAAGCUUCUAUGGUUUCCUAAACGGCCGGUUCAUGGGCUUCCAGUACCCCAACCUGACAACCUUCCUGUCACUCAUGCCUGAGAGCAGACAGCCUGAGCUGGUCAACUCCAUGCCUCCCUCUGAACUUGGAGAGCUGCUACGGCGUCCUGACAUUGUGGACGAUGGAGCCAAUCUCUGUCUCCUCUACAGCCUCUAUACUAACACACCUGUGUUCCUGGAAACUGAGACCCUCCCAGAGGCGGUGGGGCGGCAGACGCUGCCAUGCGUCUGGCCCACGGCUCUGAGCAGCACGGAGAGGUCGGAGGUCGACGCCUGGUUCGAUCGGCGUCUCCCCAACUACCUGGGCUUCCUCACAAAGGACCUUCUCACCUCCGCCGCCACCCAGAACGCCAGCUGCCUGGCCUUCCAAAGACUGGUCUCCACGUUGGCGACGCACGACUACGCCGACGCUGACUUGACCACCCGGGAUGUGUACGGUGUCAUCAGGUCCUACCUGACUUCAGAAACGGUGCCCAAGUGUUACAACGCAAGCGACCCGGAGUUGAACUCCACGGCGUGGUUCGUUGAGUACAUCGGGGCCUUCACACCGUUCCUCACGCUGAACGACCUCAACACCUUCGGCCCUGUACAGGUGUUCACAGUGAACGUUCAGAACCUCGCCCUGUUCAACCAGUCGUCCCUGCCCGUCAACCUAACCGCCUUCCUCACUGAGCUCCUUUACCAGCAAGACAGCAACUUCAACCCCCUGCUACUCCCGCUCCAGUUUCGGUGCUCUGCUCCAGCUAGUUCAUUUGGCCAACUGAAUGCAGUCCAGAGUAGCAUAGUUCUGCACAAUCUAACAACUCACUGCACAGAUCUGGACCCCCAGAUCUCUGCUGCCUUAGCCGCUAACUUUGGCGACGACCUCACGACAGACGCCAUCGCUGCACUGAGCGAAGAGAGCGCCACUAGUAUUUCCGCCGGUCAGAUCAACACCGCUAGUCCGCAAGUUCUGCUGGCCUCCCUGGGAAUCCUCAGCAGUGCGACUGGCUGGAACCAAGGCCAGGCCCUGGCAAUCGUCCAAGCCCUGACGUCCUCAGGAGAGCUACAGAUCACCAACCAAGCAACAUUAACUAUGUUGGGAUCUCUCGUGGUCGGCGUUCCCUCCUCGGUCUUCGGCAGCAUCUCGGGCACAGAGCUGAUCAGCGCUUCCCAGGAUCCCACGUUCUUAACGCAUUUCAUCAGCGCACCAGCGAUUGUCCAGCAGACCUUCGUCACUCAGAUUAUAUCUGUCAACAGUAGCAGCACUGCAAUCAUAGACAACGUACCAGAUGCCCUGGCGACCGAGAUACCACGCUCCUUUCUGGUUUUCAGCAGCACCACGGUCGUCAUGAGACUCAAUAGAAAGACAUGGAGGAAGCAGCAGGCGGUGCUCUUCUUUGACACGGUUGCCAAUGGAAUGCAAAAUCAAGAGAACAAUAUUUCCUCUUCCCUCCUCGCAGGAUUCACGUGCACCCGAGUAGUGACUCUGACCAAGGCGAGGAUCCCUAGACUGGUCAGGGCCUGCAGAAGGAGAGGCAGGCAGAGGGUUAUACUGCAGGAGACCCAGUUGACCUGCAUGUACAACCUUAUCAAAAAUGAGACGGAUGUGACCAGCUUUAACCUCUACCCGCCUGAUGUGCUGCUCUACUACGACUAUUCUUUGGUGCCACAAGCAAAUUGCAAGUCAUACUUUCAAGAGCUGGCAGAGGCAGAUUUCUCUGUUUUCUCAACAACACUCCAGUUCAAGCGGGCUGAACUGUUUACCAACGCCAGGAGCUGUCUGGGCAUAACGGGCACUGGGUUGAGUGAGAACAACGUGAUGGUUCUGGGGAACAUGUGCUGCACUCUUGACAGCUCAGUCAUCAAAAACUCAGACCCGUCGAUCUUGGAGAAGCUCAAAAACUGUAAAGACUUCACUAGCCAACAAGUGACUGCGAUGGAGACCUUGCUAUUGUCUGGGAACACCACCUAUGGGGCUCCUAGUACAUGGAAUGGCCAGACUUUGGAAGACCUGGAAAUACUACCACUCUACCUGACGCAACCAUUCUAUGAGGAGUUUGACACGAGAACUAAGAGGAGAUUCCUCAGAACCUUCCUGAGAACUCUCAGAGAAAAUGGAGUGAGCCGACAAAGGACAAGAAGGAUGAAAAGAGAAAUAAGGGCCUCCAUUAGAGGUCGGAGAACGAGGGCCGCUGACGAGGGAUGCACCUCGGGGGCGAUCACGCAGGUCACCAUCAGCGACCCGACCUUCCCCUUCGACUACACCACCGCGGCCCAGUUCAACAGUUGCCUCAGCGCGGCCACCACCAGAGACAACCUUGCUGCCAUCACGCAGGCAGUGGAUGACACAGAGUACCUCCGAAUCGUUCUCGACAAGCUGCAAGAGGCGUACGCUUCCACAUCGUCCAUCCCAGAAGACCAGGUCAAGGUCCUCGGACCGGCAUCUCGAACAGCCACCAGUGAGGACAUCAGCAUGUGGAACAUCACCCAGAUCGACACGCUGUCCGACCUGAUGAACGCCGCCAAUGGGGAGUGGGAUCCGACCUUGGCUGAGGCUAUCAUCUCUAAGUAUCUGACACAUCCGGGGAACAGUCUGGGUACUGCUGAGCUGAACCAAAUUGGAGGAGCCAACCUGUGUGCUCUGAGCGUCAGUGUGCUAAGGAACAUCUCUGCAAAUAGCAUCAGAAAUGCCAACGAGCUGACGAUCACCAACUGCAGCAUAGAGAACAAGAGAGCGCUGUUUACCAUUGCGCAGGUAGCCUUCAGCACGACCCGGGCUGUAAUGGUACCAAUUACCGAGUUCCAGCUCAUCACGUCCUAUUUGGGUGGUGCUGAUUCGAGCUACAUCAACCGUUUGGCUAAUUCCAGUGUUAACAUGGACCUACCUACUUUUACCAGCCUGGACCCGGAAGUUGUCCCGAGCCUGACUGUGCCCCAGGUCAGAGGUCUCCUGGGAUCCAACACCGACGACUUAACUGCCUAUAAGGACGACCCUGUGGUCCAAGACUGGGCUAGUCGGCAGUCACAGACAGACCUCGAUGGCCUUGUUUCGGGACUCACAGGUCGUGCCGUGGCAUCAACGCCCACGCCUGCUGCAACCACUGCCGGGGGAACCACUGCCGGCGGAACCACAGCCAGUGGAACCACUGCCGGUGGAACCACUGCCGGUGGAACCACUGCCGGUGGAACCACUGCCGGUGGAACCACUGCCGGCGGAACCACUGCCGGCGGAACCACUGCCGGUGGAACCACAGCCAGUGGAACCACAGCCGGUGGAACCACAGCCGAUGGAACCACAGCCAGUGGAACCACAGCCGGCGGAACCACAGCCGGCGGAACCACAGCCAGCGGAACCACAGCCAGCGGAACCACAGCUGCAACCACAGCCGGUGGAACAACAGCUACUGGAACCACAGCCAGUGGAACCACGCCUGCUGCAACCACAGCAGGUGGAACCACAGCUGGUGGAACCACAGCCAGUGGAACCACAGCCGGUGGAACCACAGCCGGUGGAACCACAGCUUCUGCAACAGCAGCCAGUGGAGCCACACCUGCUGCAACCACAGCAGGUGGAACCACAGCUGCUGGAGCCACAGCAGGUGGAACCACAGCUGCUGGAGCCACAGCAGGUCCAACCACAGCUGCUGGUACUCCAGUUGCUGGAACCACAGUAGCCCCAGCGGGUGGAACCACGACAACCACCACGACAACCACCACUACCACCACCACUACAGCUUCCGGUGGUGAUGGCACAAGGCCAGACAUCUUCUGCCUCCUCACCCUCCUCCUCGUCUUCCUCACAUCCCAGCAUAUCCUGUCCAUCUGAAACGGCACUCAAGUAUAGCGUGGCACUCCGGGUAGUAAUGAAAUUAUAAAAGGAAAAGGGAUCCCUAUUACUGGUCUAUUUUGGUAUAUGUGACGCAAUCAAGACUGCAUCUUAGUAUUUCCUCAAUAUAUGCUUUACGUCAUGAUGAGGGAAGUAUGAAGGCUGUAACUUAAAUAGUACAUCUAAAAUAUCUAAGAUGCAUUUAUUUUCCACAGGAGUCAGUUUUGUGUAUGUAUAGCCGGCAUAAUGUUUUAUAAAUAAAAAAUGGAUAAGUCAUGUUCUGAUAUGGACCAUAAUUCAUAAAAAUGUACUUCCAUUUCUUAUGAAAAGUGUUUAAUUAUAAAAAAAAAUGUUUUUUAUUAUAAUUAUAAUAUUAUUAUUCAGCAGUACGAUAAUACAAAUAAAUGUUGGUGUUAUGGAAAAUGUAAUGCAAAAGAUUAAGCCUAUUAAAUUAUGAUUCAAUAAUUCACUAUUAAAAUUGUCUUGACUGUUAAAAAUA